CAAACACGCAGCCCCCUCCUACCCGAGUGACAACAAGACAGCGUACUCCAGGCUGUUGUCCCUUUAAAAUCCGAAUCCAAAGGGGUAAUGAUUUAUCAAACGUGUAUUAUCAGGAAGAUGUCAAACGAAGGGCACCUUGCUUCCCACUGACGCAAACCCGGCCUUUCCUGGGGAGAUAUAGAAAGCGCCUCUUGUUCCAGGGCCAAACCUAGACCAGUAGCGGGUUUUACUCUACAGUUCAAUCUGUUGUCCGCAUCAGACAUGGAUUGCAGUGCUCCCAAGGAAAUGAAUAAACAACCAGCCAACAUCUUGGAGGCAGCGGUGCCGGUGCCGAGCCACCGGGAUAGCCCUCGUGCGCCUCGGACCAGCCCUGAGCAGGAUCUUCCUGCGGAGGGCCCCGGGGCCGCUGUCCAGCCGCCACGUGUGCCCAGGUCGGCUUCCACCGGCGCCCAAACUUUCCAGUCUGCGGAUGCGAGAGCCUGCGAGGCCCAGCAGCUCGGAGUAGGGUUUUGUAAACUCAGCAGCCCCCAGGCACAAGCGACCUCCGCGGCCCUCCGGGACUUAAGCGAAGGGCACAGCGCACAGGCCAAUCCCCCUUCCGGGGCCGCUGGGGCUGGCAACGCUCUGCACUGCAAGAUUCCAGCUCUGCGUGGCCCGGAGGAGGACGCGAACGUGAGUGUGGGCAAGGGCACACUGGAGCACAACAAUACCCCAGCCGUGGGCUGGGUGAAUAUGAGCCAGAGCACGGUGGUGUUGGGUACCGAUGGCAUCGCGUCGGUGCUCCCGGGGAGCGUGGCCACCACUACCAUACCGGAGGACGAGCAAGGGGAUGAGAAUAAGGCCCGAGGGAACUGGUCCAGCAAACUGGACUUCAUCCUGUCCAUGGUGGGGUACGCAGUGGGGCUGGGCAAUGUUUGGAGGUUUCCCUACCUGGCCUUCCAGAACGGGGGAGGUGCUUUCCUCAUCCCUUACUUGAUGAUGCUGGCACUGGCUGGCUUACCUAUCUUCUUCCUAGAGGUGUCCCUGGGCCAGUUUGCCAGCCAGGGUCCCGUGUCUGUGUGGAAGGCCAUCCCAGCUCUCCAGGGCUGCGGCAUCGCGAUGCUCAUCAUCUCUGUCCUCAUAGCCAUAUACUACAACGUCAUAAUCUGCUACACACUCUUCUACCUGUUUGCCUCUUUCGUGUCUGUGCUGCCCUGGGGAUCCUGCAACAACCCGUGGAACACACCAGAAUGCAAAGAUAAAACCAAACUUUUACUAGAUUCCUGUGUUAUCAGUGACCAUCCCAAGAUACAGAUCAAGAACUCUACUUUCUGUAUGACUGCCUAUCCGAACUUGACAAUGGUUAACUUCACCAGCCAGGCCAAUAAGACAUUUGUCAGCGGGAGUGAAGAGUACUUCAAGUAUUUUGUACUGAAGAUUUCUGCAGGGAUUGAAUAUCCGGGUGAGAUCCGGUGGCCCUUGGCCUUCUGCCUUUUCCUGGCUUGGGUGAUUGUGUAUGCAUCGCUGGCGAAAGGAAUUAAGACAUCAGGAAAGGUGGUAUACUUCACAGCCACGUUCCCUUACGUUGUACUGGUCAUCCUCCUUAUUCGGGGAGUCACCCUGCCUGGAGCUGGAGCUGGCAUCUGGUACUUCAUCACACCUAAGUGGGAAAAACUCACGGAUGCCACGGUGUGGAAGGAUGCUGCCACUCAGAUUUUCUUCUCCCUGUCUGCGGCCUGGGGAGGGCUCAUCACUCUUUCUUCUUACAACAAAUUCCACAACAACUGCUACAGGGACACGUUAAUUGUAACCUGCACCAAUAGUGCCACUAGCAUCUUUGCUGGGUUCGUCAUCUUCUCUGUCAUCGGCUUCAUGGCCAACGAGCGCAAAGUCAACAUUGAGAAUGUGGCUGACCAAGGGCCAGGCAUUGCAUUUGUGGUUUACCCAGAGGCCUUAACCAGGCUGCCUCUCUCUCCAUUCUGGGCCAUCAUCUUUUUCCUGAUGCUUCUCACCCUUGGACUUGACACCAUGUUUGCCACCAUCGAGACCAUCGUGACUUCCAUCUCGGAUGAGUUUCCCAAGUAUCUGCGCACACAUAAGCCUGUGUUCACCCUGGGCUGCUGCAUCUGCUUCUUCAUUAUGGGCUUCCCAAUGAUCACUCAGGGUGGAAUCUACAUGUUUCAGCUUGUGGACACCUAUGCUGCCUCCUAUGCCCUUGUCAUCAUUGCCAUAUUUGAGCUUGUUGGCAUCUCCUAUGUGUAUGGCUUGCAAAGGUUCUGUGAAGACAUCGAGAUGAUGAUUGGGUUCCAGCCCAACAUUUUCUGGAAAGUCUGCUGGGCGUUCGUCACGCCGACCAUUUUAACUUUUAUUCUUUGCUUCAGCUUCUACCAGUGGGAGCCCAUGACCUACGGCUCUUACCGCUACCCUAACUGGUCCAUGGUGCUUGGAUGGCUGAUGCUCGCCUGCUCUGUUAUCUGGAUUCCGAUUAUGUUCGUGAUAAAAAUGUAUCUGGCUCCUGGGAGAUUUAUUGAGAGGCUGAAGUUGGUAUGCUCACCACAGCCCGACUGGGGCCCAUUCUUAGCUCAGCACCGUGGGGAACGUUACAAGAAUAUGAUCGACCCCUUGGGAACCUCAUCCCUGGGACUCAAGCUGCCCGUGAAGGAUUUGGAACUGGGCACCCAGUGCUAGUCCAGUAGUGUGGAUGGUCCGGUAUCACUCCUGGGCUUCCUCUCUGCCUCUCCUUCACACUUUCCCCAGAUUUAUCCCCAAUUUUCUUCUUUCUCCUCACACUGCGGUUCACAGCUGUGCAUGAGAGUGUUCCAUAGAAAAGUAGGACAUAGUGUAGCAUGCUGUAGUGAGAGCCACACAGGCCACUGAUGGCACUGUCUGUCUGUCUGUGUCUGUGCUAUCAGUUUCUGGAAGGAUUGGUCUCCUGAUCAGGUUUCUUCCUUCAUCCUGCAGGGGUCCAUUGACCAGGUAAAUGCUGGCAGGUAAAUGGUUUGGCAGUAGAGAAAUUGUGUUGUGUGUUCUCAUUGCUGGAAGGAGUAGGGCAUGGGGAGAACGCAGACUUUCAGGACUGUUGCUUGGACUCAUUAUCAUCAUCCAGCUGAGCUGGACAACACAGUGAUCUCAUUCAGAAGCUGAAAGUUCAGGUCAGGUGCGUUUAGGGGGAGGCAGCACUGGAGAUAAUUCUGGAUGCAGACAUGGCUGGUAGGUAGACUUGGGCACCACUGGGUGGUUUGAUUUGUGUAUCCAUUUCCUUUAUUUUGACCAAAUAGACCAUGCAUUCAGAUGCUUCACCUCUCUACGCUGUGGAUCUGAAGGGAUUGUCCAUUCUCUCGCCACAGUCUUUCUUUCCUUUCUUCUUUCCUUCGUUCUCUUUCUCUCUUACUUCCUUUCUUCUGCCUCCUCCCCUCCCCUUCUUCCUCCUCUUCCCCCUCUUCCUCUUCUCCUUCUCUCUCUUUCUCCUCCUCCUCCUUCUGUAACAACAACACUUGAGAGUUAAUUCUCUGGGUCUUUUCUUUCACUCUCUGCACAAGAAGCCAUGCUUUGAUUUGCAUGUCCGCUUUUGUACCGCUGUUGUAUCUGCCAUGAUGUCUUUUGCACCAUGGAUCAGUAUCAUGAUAUGCUGUCUCUUUGCCUCCAAGUCACUUUCUAUAAGCUGUAGAUAACCUUGUCUUCCAACCUAUUGAAAAAUGAGACUUACCCCAAUUCUGUCUAUACAUUAUAUACACACACAGGGCAUAAACUCUUAAAAGACACUUUCUCAAUUUUUAACCUCUUUUUCAGUAACAGUAAAUGCCAAUUGUGGCCAUAGGGAAAAUCAGAGAAAUUAGGAAGUUGGUAAAAAGCAACCAUAGGACUCCUCAUCCCUGUGGUUGUACAUCUUAGGUCACUGUAUUUCCAGAACUUUCUGAUAAAUAAAUUUUCAGCUUAGUUAGGUAGUGAGUAAGCUGAUUAAGACUAUAGCUUUUAAGACUGCAUUUAGCUAGUUCAAUGUCCAGAACUCCCUGUUCAAACUGCUCAAUGUAACUGCCCUCUAGUGAGAGCAGGCCACCUGUCUGCCGAGCCCGGCUAGGCUAUACCCUUUAAUCCACUGUGUCCUGAGCAGGCACAUGCAGUUCUGUGUACACAUAGUGCUAGUGGUGUUUUCUGUCCUCAUAAAUAUCUUAUGAAUCACCACAGAGAUGGCAAGUUUAGAGUAGCAUAGUUCGGGCUUUUUAUUUCUCCCUCUUACAGUAUUAAUAUCAUAACCUAAAAUCAUUUCCUCUGGGGGAGAUGGGUUCAAUCAUUUUCUUAUUAGUUUAUCUUCAUAUAACAGGGUCUCAGGCAAAGUUUUCAGUUCAAAUCUUGUAUAUUGACGUGACAUAUUCAUCCUGUGCAGUGGCAAUGGGACCUCAACAACAGACUUUUAAUGUAUCAUUUAAAAAAUAUGACUCUGUCUGUGUAAAGUGUCUGAAGUCAUUGGAUUGAACUCUCCUUUCCUAGGGCAAGUGCUCACACCACCUGUCAACGGUGAUGGGUACAUGUGUUUCCCAGAGUAGCCAUGAUAGGUUUUAGGGAAGGGAACAUGAUGGGUUUUGAACUACUGGGUCUGGUGGUGUCUUUGCUAGCAGGGUUUUCUCUCCCUCUUCUCUUUUCUCUUUUCUCCUAGUUCCCACAAGGUAGGUCUUAGUAGGUUGUUGCAGAGAUGGAACCUCAGGCUUCCCUGGUUUAGGCAGAUGAGCUAUGGACUCAGCUGUCUACUAUCUGCUGUAUCUGUUUCCCCAAGAAAGCCAUACUGAUGAGAAGCCCCACUCCUGCACCAGCAUCCCAGACAGUGCCCUGACUUGGGUGGUGUGUGAGAGUAGGGAAACUCCCUGCAGCCCUGCCAUUUUGCAGGUUGAAGAAAAGCACAAAGCUCAUCCUUGGCACACGUGGGAUUUGUGCUUGUAUUGGGAUGAAUGGCUUCAGGCUUCCUGUUUUCCUAUGGGCUGGAACUGGGAUUGGUGCUGGAUGCCAACCCAAUUUCUGCUCCUUUCUGCCUCUGUGAUUAAAAGAAGGAUGUGGGGAGGCUCUGAACACUGCCAGAUGUGAACUGAGAGUCAACCUGUCAGAAUGAUGACCUCAUCUGUUAGUGUGGUUGUAACUGGGGGAGCUACAGCUGCAUCGAGUAGGAUAUGUUUUGGAAAGACCUAGAAGCUGCCCCUGAGUACGUGCCCAUUUUGUUGUUGUUGUUGCUUUGUUUCUCUUUCCCUAGUUAGACUGCUUAUAAGGACAGAGUCAGACAAAAGGUUCUGGGCUUGCCUGGAAACCACUGGCUUUGAAGUUAGUUUUGGCCAUUCAUUGCUACGUUCAACUUCAAGGCUCUCCUUGGCCGGGAGCCGUGGUGUCGAGCCGUGGUGUCUGAGUAGUCUCUGUUCAUAGUGUACCUCAGCGGUGUGCCUCCUGAGGAUUUGGUUGGGAUACUGAGAACUGAUAUGUAUCCUACAAGAUGGAUUGCUUUCACGCUGCUAAAAUGCACAAUCAAUUGGAAGAAAAAAGAGGAAGGAAUUCACGGACAAUGAAAGCGCUGUUAUAACUGCCACUUGAGAGUUCUCCCCUGACCAUGAAGGAGAAGCAAGGUUACUUAGCAAAGACUUGGGUUUCCUAUGCAGACUGGUGGGGAGUUUUCCAUCUGUGAGAUGAUUUCAUAAUACCACUUUAAUAAACCCAUUCAGAGAAAAACAAGCCAUAUGUGAAAAAUAGUAACCCCGUAAUAUCCUUAAAACAGAAAAGCACCAUAUAUUUAUUAACUAUUCGUGUUGUGGUUUCUUAUGCAAACCUUUGUCUAACUGUCUUGCCUACUAGGAACUUCUUCUAAUCUCCUUCAGGCUGUAUUUUUUUUUUCUUUUUUUGUGAGCAAGUGGGUUCAGUUCUGGUCUUUCCUGGUUGUUGUUUUAUCUGCCCCUGUCUACUUCUUUACUGCAUGAUAUCUGUGGUCAACGCAAAAUCCUAAUGACCAUUGACAGCUUUGGACAUUUUUGAUGUGAUUUUAAUGUGUGUGAGAGCUGCAAUUGACAUGUACUUCAGGGAAUGGCACUUUAGAAAGAGUGGAACGGAAGGGCCUUCGGUUUGAUGAGACUCGGAUUGUGUCUACGCUGGAACAGCACUGAGGGGGUCAGGGUUUUGUCUCUCUUCUUUUAUCUAUGUGAGCCUCAGAGCUUCUCAGUUCCUUUCUGUCAGCAUGGGCUUCCCAUGCCUUAAAUUGACAUUUCGUCUUUGUCUCCUUGGCCGUAGUCAUUGUCCUCUUCCCAGGGGCUGGCAUAGUAACUGCUGCUGGACGGAUGUGCAAUGGCAAGGUCAUUCUGCCCGUGGUAUUGGAUUUGGGCCUGUGACUUGCUUCUGCAAGGCUCUGACAUGAGUGAGUGUGUUCUAUAUGAUACAUUGACAUGCAAGGCAUAGAGGCUAAGGCCAGCGAGCCAGUCUCCUCUGUUUCAUGAUGUGUGAUGCAGAGCUGGCCUGAGGUUUGGGAGCAAGACUUCUUGUCUUUCAUUUAGCUGUGCUUGACUAGAAGGACCAUGGUGAAAUAUGGUCUUAGCACAGGCUGCUGUAAACUGCCUGCAGAGAAAGGAUUUCAGACGGGUGUUCAUCACCCCUGAGAAGCAAGCCCAGGCUUGAUUAGCUUCUGAGGAUGACACUUCCAGGUGACCAGCUGCCUUAUAGGUGUGUUCGAUCAUUGGGAUGCUGUUUAGAUAGCAACUGGGAAACUGCUGUGUCUCUCAUUUGUCCCUGUUCUUUUGCACUUUAUUAUGGACCUAUCCAGGAAUAGGAGGUUGAUUCUUAAAUUGUGUACUUGGAUAAUGUCCUAAAUGCAAGCAUCUCAUGUGAACAAUAUUGUUCAUGAAUAAAGAUGUUUCCUAGUCAGGUCCUUAUAUUUUUCCAUUGACUUUACAUGAAGAAAAUAUAUUAUGUUACAAAAUGAUGCAUCAUAUAUAUCUAUCUAUCGUAUAGAGUGCUUAUUAUAUACUGUGCAUUAUUCAUUUAAGAAGUCAUUACUCUUGAGGCCCUACCUCAACUUUUGUAUUUAUGUGUACAAAUGCAAUUUAUUGUAUUAUAUAUUACAUACUGAUAUAAAUUAGAGUUUAUCCUAAUAAUGUAUGAAUUCUCAAAACCCCUCAAAUAAAUGUCAGUGUUUAAAACA